AUGAAAGACAACAGCAAAGAUAUCUCUAUUGGAAAUAGCAGUGAAAGUGGACUUGUUGAUGAGCCAGACGAAUUGAUAGCCCCACCAGUACAACAGGAACCGUCCACUACACAACCAUCGCAGAAGCAGCCAGAGUCAACGAAAGAGAAAACGUCAUCCACGGUCCACUCGAAGACUUUUGACCAUGGUAUUGACACAACCAAAAAGGAAUCUGACCUGUUGCUCCCACCGACUCGCCUUCACAACACUGACAAUGAUAUUGAUGUUGGUGUCGGCCUUGUUGGGAAGAGUUUGAUCCUCAAGCAAGAAGACGAAGAGCGUCACAGGAGCAACGGAGGUGUGGUGGAAGAAGCCGUGGCGGGUAGUCCUGACAUGGAGAGGAAUCAACUACCAAGAGCACCCGGUGCAGUUAUCACAACAGAAACCGUGCCACCUCAACUGCGUAGGGACCUCGCCAAGGUAAACACCCUUCCUGGGGCAGUGGCAGUGCAAGGGAUUCAGCAGCAACAAGAUGUAGCUUACUCUUCUUCUUCGGAGUCUGAAUCGGAAAGUUCAAUGAAUGACGACCCCAACAAUGAUGCAUCUGAUUUGGUGGAAGCAGAGGCAGUGGAUGAUGUGGAACAGCCCCAGGCUGUGGCUCAUCCUUCAACGGAUGGCACCCACAGAAGGGAAACCAUUACUCGGAAGUAUCAGGUUCGCCUUGCUGGGUUUCUGCUCUUGCUCUUGCUCGGUUGUGGCAUCAUUAUUGGUUCCAUUUGUGGGGCUGGCUUAUGUGGCAGCAGCAAUGAUUCGAAUGAGCCCUCAAAAACUUCCAGAGAUAUUCUCCAGGCACCCAAAAUGGAAAGCGCCAUUACUGGCAUCCUUGGACAGGACUACUUUGAUGGUGCGGAGGAAUCUGGAGAAGGCAAUGAUCAUGACUUAACUGAUUUCCUGAUGGAAACAAGGCAGAAAGCCUUCAACUGGAUUGUUAAUCAGGAUCCACGGCAAUUGGAAUAUGAUACACCAAAUUGCACGAGGCACAAGCCAUGGAAGGAGUGCACAACUCAUAUGGUGAGUACAUCAGUUAAGUUCUGCUAUGAACCAGCUUCCAACAACAUCUGGGGGGAUCAUUGGCUCUCUGCCAGCCAUGAAUGCCAGUGGGCUGGAGUCACUUGUGAGACUGGGCAAAAAGAAGAGAGAGAGGUUGUGAGACCACUAUUGGAGUUCCUCGAGUUGGCCACUAACCAAAUCUCUGGAACCAUCCCAGCAAGAUGGCUUGCAAAACUUACCGAUCUUGAUAUCACUUCAAACAGACUGACUGGGACAAUUCCAUCAGAAGUGGGGGCAUUCCCUUUGAGGCUUGGGUUGUUGACAAACCUGGGUUACCUUUUCUUGAAUGGCACCAGCAUAUCAGGAACCUUACCCUCAGAGAUUGGUCUGGCAAGUCAAAUGGGAUGGCUUGAGGUUUCCUACACCAAUAACAUGCAAGGGACACUCCCUGAAGAAUUGUAUGGAAUCAAAGAACUUGUGCAUUUGACCUUGGACAGUUGCAGCUUCUCUGGCACCAUCAGUUCAUCGCUUGGUCUUACGACAAACCUUCGGUCGCUGCACUUAGCCAACAACAACUUCCAUGGUACCAUUCCCAAUGAGAUUGGGGCACUGACAAAUCUGCAUCAGUUCCUGGUGAAUGGCAAUGAUUUCACUGGCACUUUUUCGGAAUCUUCAUGCCAAAAUUUGUAUGUUGAAGAAGUUGCCUCUUCCAAGAUUGUGGCUGACUGCUUGCCGGAUGCAGAAACUGGAGUUCCGGCCAUUCAGUGUGCUUGCUGCACUAGCUGUUGUGACAAUACAGGGUAUUGCAUUGACAAUUGA